GGUCCUAGGUUAAAUAUAACUAUAUAUGGAAAUUAUCAUGGAGGUUUUUUCAUCAGAAACGUGUACGCUCAUUUUGUUGUUGUUUACGUUACCCGUUACUAAAGGUCACGGUAUGAUGAUAGAACCUGCCAUGAGGUCAUCUCUAUGGAGAUUCAAUUAUCCUGGUGCCGAACCUAAUUAUAACGACAAUGGAGUAAACUGUGGUGGAUUUACGAAUCAACAUGAACGUCAGAAUGGUCGAUGUGGAGUAUGUGGUGACCCGUUCCAAGGACCUAGAAAUAAUGAGGCGGGUGGAAAGUAUGCCAAAGGGAUAAUCGCCAGAACAUACAAGUCAGGACAAUAUAUAAAAGUAGUUUCAGAUAUAACUGCUAAUCAUGGUGGAUAUAUAGAGCUUAGACUAUGCCCACAUGAUAACCCAAUGAUACCUGUCACCCAACAGUGCCUUAAUCAGUAUAUGUUACAGAUCAAAGGGGACGGAAGCAGACAUUAUCUAACAACCAAUCAGAAGAGUCAUUUUAAAAUAAGACACACUGUAAAACUACCCGACUUUGUCACGUGUAGACAAUGUGUUUUACAAUGGUAUUGGAAGGCUGGACAACAUUCUGGAAUAAAUCCAAUGACUCGCCAGGAAUGCAAAGGUUGUGGUAAACAAGAGCAGUUUAUUAAUUGUGCAGAUAUAGCAAUAACUGACGAGUUUGGUAUGUUUCCUUCGGUAACAACAGUGCCAAAUUAUCAGGUUACUACACCCAACCCAAUGUAUGAUACGUUCAUGUUUCAAAGUCAGGGAAUGUUUCCAGAAUAUUUUGACGAAUUUAAUCCAUUCAUUACCACUCCUCCAUAUUUCAAUCCUUUCAGCCAACGAUUUAUGAAUAAUGGAAGAAAUUUUGGACAAAACAAUAAUAGAUUUUUGAAUAAUAGACGAAAUACCGGAAGUAGUAAUGGACAAUUUGUGAAUAGAAAUUCUAGAGGACCUGUACGAAAUGGUUAUUUACAAGCACCAACGAUAAACCCAAUACGUAGAAAUAUGAAAAAUAAUAGAGGAUUUCAAAGAAGGAGUUUUCGAAAUUCUAGACCCCAAGGAAAUAUGUUCAAUAGAAAUAAAAUUAGUCCCGAUUUUCGAAAUCAAAGACGUCCAUAUAAAAAUAGAAGACCUUUAAUUUCUAGAAACAACAGACCACACGUCAACAUUUAUGCAAACGUUGCUCCUCAAAGACAUCAAAUGAAAACCAAGGCUAAUGUUAUGCGGAAUAUAAGACCUAUUCAAAAUAUUCAUUCAAAAAUUCAAACGAUAGAUGAUUCCGAGCCAGAUAAUUUGGAAGAAAUGAGUGAUGACGAAGAUAAUUUUCUUAGAAACAGCGCAUUUUGGUCUGACUUUAACCGCUUGAUCAAUAUGUCCUCUCCUGAUACCAAACAAGCUUUGUAUGAAAUAGCAGAAGAUGCGGAUGACAUUGAAGAGUUCCAUAGGAAUGUGCAGUUGAUGUUGCAGAUGCAAACGGCGAUGCCGGAAACACAAGCAUCCUUGGACACAAAAAGUGAAAGUGAUGAAUCAUUGGAUAUUGAUUGGCUUUUAGCCCAAGCAAAGGAUAUAGAACUCGAUAGUGAUGAGAAGAGUUUAUUAGGACUAAUGAAAGGAGGAUCUAGCGAAAGUGCAGAAAAAGGAGAUAAUGAAGAAGAUUUAGCAAGUUAUAAAUAUAUAUCUAAAGGACAUAUUCAAAAACAUGAUUACUUUCCAGAUGAAAAUAGAAUUCUUGACGAUUCUGACAGUGGUGAUUUUCACGAUUCUAAUGAUGGUGAUCGUUAUAGUGAUAAAUCUGUUGACCACUCACUAGAAAGUGAAAAUUUUUAUUAUACAGAGGUAACAGACGAGAGUUCUGAUCUUGCACACGCUGAUUUAGAUAAAGACUAUGACAGCGACGACACGAGCAAUGAAAUGAAAAUUGACAAUCAUAUGACACAUAUGGACAGUGACACUGAAAAACAUCUGUCAAAUCAACAGAAGCACAAAGAAUUAUUGGAGCGUGAAAUUAAAUUAUUUCCAGUCGAAAUAAAUCCGUGGAAUGAAAAUUCUCUUUACCGAACUGAUAAUAUUGAUUAUGAUGACAAGGACGCCGACGUAGAAGGAGACAAGGCCAAACCAUAUAAUCAUCUGCCAUUCGAUUCACAACACACAACACAAAGCGUUACAUUUAUGAACACGGUCCCUCGACAUAAAAUAGAGGUCAAUUAUUUUCAAAGUGAUACACAUGAUUAUACAGAUUCUGAAGUUGAGCAAGAAGGUUAUAACAUAGGUGAAGUUGAAAAGAAAUGGGAUGAUACCCUAGAGGAAAAGGAAAAUAAUGACUUUGAUGACGAUUCCUGGUCGCUAGGCACUGUUCCGGACGUUUCGGCAUCUACAGUUGUGGUUACUGGUAGACGUAAUAGUGUCAGACGUAACGGGGUUGUUCGUAAAAAUAUGGAAGAUGAAAUAAACGAUGAACCGAUUUCCCUGAUUAAUUCAAAGGAAGAGAAUAAUGACGAAAACACGGAUAAAAGUAGUCACCUUGAUGAAAAACAAAAGGUUUCUGAAAUAGCACAGAAAAGUCCAAAAGAAGGAGAUGAAGAAAAUACGAUAGACGAUAUUCAAGGUGAAAAUUCAAAUAAAGAAAUAUCCGAUAACACGAUUAUGCCAAAUGAAAAUAAGGAAUCAAUAAUGUCAGAAAUUUCUGCUGACGCUAAUAAUAAAAUGGAUGACGCGCCAAAUAUUAAAACAGGAGAAGAUUUCAAAUCUUCUAUGUUGAAUGGAGCAGAUGAUAUUGUUGAAACAACUAAUAAUGAGAUUGGGUUUCAACAACAACAUGCUGUGGACGACGUAACAUCGCCACCCAUGGAUAUCAUUGAAACUGGAUUUCAAUUAAGACCUUCAUAUAUUGAUGAUGCAUCUAAAAUUGGCCAAAAUGCUGGAGAUUUAAAAUCAUAUUCCGGUCUGGAUUACACAUAUUCCUCUGUUCCUUCACACAUCUCAAAUAGAUUUUCUUCAGCCAGUGGUAGCAGGAGGAGGGGAGUGUAUCCACAACGAUCUCAAUUAGUUAGACACCAAACACUUUCAGGACCAAUGCAAGUGAUUCAACCACAAGUCCCAAAACCUAAUCUAUCAGUAUUUCGUCAGAAAAUUCAAGAUACAAUAUCUAAAUCUAUGAAUCAGAAUGAAAACGGUGAUAUUCCAACAAUAACUAAACUAAUGCCGUCUUCGAAAGGUUCUAAAAAAGAACUAUCGCCUAGUCUUUCCAAACUUGUAUUAAAAAUGUUUAUGAAUACAAAAUCAUCAGCUGAAACUUGUUCAGAACCUCAACAAUCAGUUUGCACUCCAGUUACACUGUGGAGUAAAUAUCAGCAGAUUGCCGAUUGGUGCACUUCUCUGUGCCAAUAUGGAAAUUGUCCGUCUGCUGUUUGCACUUGCAAUUGUCAGGCACCGUCGAAUUCAGUAGAACAGAAAUUCUGUAGAGCACAAAGUACAUACAAGAAACAAUCGGGUGAACUCGAUCAGUGGUGCCAAAAGUCUUGUUCUGCAGGAGAUUGUCCGGAACAUUUGUGUGUCUGUUCCUAGAGAGCAAUUUACCACUACUCGACUCGUUGCAACUGGCAGACAUACUCCAAAAUAACGUUUGCAGAUUGUUACAGUACAUUUUGAGACUAGAAAGUUAACUUAUCAUUUAAACAUUUUCAAUAGGAAAGUGCCGGUAUUCAUUUAUUUAUCUUUCAGUUCACGAAACAGAGAACGAUACUAACAGUAUAUAUAAACAUCGAAAAAUGUACAAGAAACAAUGCUGUUUUAAAGAAAUAGGGUCAAUUUCCCUAUAUGUAUUUCACACUAUGACCACUUUUAAAAAAAUCCUUCAAAAUUAAGAGUAUCACACCUUCAUAUGUUUGCUUUGAGGUUUUAACAACAUUAUGUUGUAUUUGCAAUGGCUCAAAGCAAAAAUUUUGAUGGAUUUCGACAAGGUUUAAGUAUAUAAAUGGUUAUCAAGGCCUAAGUCAAACUUUUUGGAAAUUUGUUUUCAAUGCUCUUCAACUUUGUAACUGCUUUUGGCCUUACAACUGUUUUGAUUCGAGAACCCCUGCCGAGUUUUAUGUAGACGAAACCCAAGUCUUGCGUCUUGAAUUUUAACUCUGGUAUCUUUGAUGAGAUGUUUUCAUCAAAUUUCGGAUUUUGAUCCCUCGAGUGAAACAAGUUGAAGGGAAAUUGGCCAUACUUCUUUGUUUUACCUUUUUGUAUUACAAAUAGAACCAUAUUUAAUUAUGAUUAUGAUUAAACCAAAUCAUUUCUGCU